AACAUAAAAGAAGAAAAAAUCGAAUUAGGGUUCCUUCAUUUCUCCCCCCUUUUUCUCUUCUCAAUCUGUUCAUUUGUAGGAAAUUAGGGCGUAGCAGAAACAUAGUGAAAUAUGUCGGUCAUGAUAGUGACGAGCUUGGGAGACAUAGUUGUGGAUUUGUUCACAGACCGAUGCCCUCUGACAUGCAAAAAUUUCCUCAAGCUGUGCAAGAUCAAGUAUUAUAAUGGAUGCCUCUUUCACACAGUACAGAAAGAUUUCACGGCACAGACAGGUGAUCCUACUGGGACAGGAUCUGGUGGUGAUUCUGUGUACAAGUUCUUAUAUGGCGAGCAGGCUCGCUUUUUUGGUGAUGAAAUUCACCUGGAUGUUAAACAUUCAAAGACUGGUACACUAGCCAUGGCUAGUGCCGGAGAGAAUCUGAAUGCUUCUCAGUUCUAUAUCACACUGCGUGAGGAUCUUGAUUACUUGGAUGGCAAGCAUACAGUGUUUGGGGAGGUUGCUGAAGGACUGGAAACACUUACUAGAAUAAAUGAAGCUUAUGCCGAUGAGAAGGACAAACCGUAUAAAAAUAUUAGAAUCAAACACACAUAUAUAUUAGAUGAUCCUUUUGAUGAUCCUCCACAACUAGCUGACUUGAUCCCCGAUGCUUCACCUGAAGGAAAACCAAAAGAUGAAGUUGAUGACGAUGUCAGACUGGAAGAUGAUUGGAUCCCUAUGGAUGAGCAACUUAACCCACAAGAGAUUGAAGAGGUCUUGCGUGAAAAGGAUGCUCAUUCUCGUGCAAUAGUACUUGAGACUAUAGGGGACAUUCCUGAUGCUGAGGUGAAGCCUCCUGAUAAUGUGCUGUUUGUAUGUAAAUUGAAUCCAGUAACUGAAGAUGAGGACCUGCAUACAAUUUUUUCUCGUUUUGGAGUUGUAACAUCUGCUGAAGUUAUCCGAGAUCAGAAAACUGGGGAUAGUUUGUGCUAUGCUUUUAUAGAAUUUGAGGACAAUGACGCCUGUGAACAAGCAUAUUUCAAGAUGGACAAUGCUCUGAUUGACGAUCGAAGGAUUCAUGUUGAUUUUAGUCAAAGUGUCUCGAAGCUAUGGUCCCAGUAUAGACGCAAGGGUCAAAAGGGUGAAGGAGGAGGUUGCUUCAAAUGUGGAUCUCUCGAUCACAUUGCUAAGGACUGCAGUGGAGAUUCAAUCUCCCAACCAAAUUCAAAAUACACACUGAGAGAUGUCAAUACUCAGCGUGGUGGAGAUGGCAGCACAAGGUACGAAAUGGUUUUUGAGGGAGAUGAUGACAGAGCAGCACAUCAUAGCAAGAGGAGAAGAGACCUUCAACCUGAACAAAAUGAUGAAAGACGAGAUAGUAAAACCCGUGAUCCUUACAGCUCUAAAGAUCGAGAUAGGAGGAGCGAAGACACACGUGAUAGGCAUAGACGGCAUGAAAGAAGUAAGGAGCGUGAAAGAAGCCCACACAGGGGAGGAACAAGAGAUUACUCAGAAAAAAACGGAUCAAGUGAUAGGAGAAAGGUGGAUGAUGUCACUGUCGGGAAUAGCAGAGAUGAAAGAGACCACAAAAGAAGACAUGUGGAUGAAGUCAGUCACAAACAUAGGAGGGACGAUGAAAAGGAGUAUGAGAAGCGCCAUGAAAAACGACGUAUAGAUGACUUGGGCCAUGGAGAAGGGAAAAAAGUAGACGAGAGUAGAAAGAAAAGUGGCUAUGAACAUGUUCGAGGGAGUCACAGGGAUAGAAAAGAUGAUGGUGUUGAUAAGUAUGAAGAUAAACGAAGGGGCGAAGAGAGGUAUUCUGAUCAUAAGAGAAGCUCCAAGGGUAAUGAAAUUCGUGAUCGUCCUAGAAGGCACUGACUGAGUUCUGAAAUUGCUUGGGUAACUUAAGAUUUGAAAAAAGGAAAAAAAACAGAGCAUUAUAAUCAAUAUUUGUCUCUGAAAAAUUCGUAAUAUUAGUGUGACUUGGGGGUAUUAAGGGAAAAAGUUGGUGAGUGGGGGAAACGAGGCAUGUGUAGAGAGUGGGAAGUCGAUCGAUACUGCAUAUUUUGGACUCCUUUUUGUCAUUAUUAAAAAACGUGCUGGUCGUGCAUAAUCAUAUUAGCAAUAUUGCUACCGUGGUAUACUAGAGGCUAUGUGAUCUUUUGGUUCAGAGUAAGGAUUUCGGGAGAAGGAAUUUUGGUGACUGUUUGUUUGUAUACUCAGAUAGAAGUACGCAAUUUUCGUUUUGUUUUUGUUAUGCAGAAAGGAGGUUGAUGGAUUAAGAGAAGAAAGGAAAAGAGUUGAGA